GACGCCGCGGAGCCGGCGGGGGGCGGCCGCAGGCCGUCGCUGCAGCGCUCUAAGUCGGACCUGAGCGACAGGUACUUCCGGGUGGACGCGGACGUGGAGCGCUUCUUCAACUACUGCGGCCUGGACCCCGAGGAGCUGGAGAACCUGGGCAUGGAGAACUUCGCCAGGGCCAACUCCGACAUCAUCUCGCUCAACUUCCGCAGCGCCAGCAUGAUCAGCUCGGACUGCGAGCAGUCGCAGGACAGCAACAGCGACCUGAGGAACGACGACAGUGCCAACGACCGCGUGCCCUACGGCAUCUCCGCCAUCGAAAGGAACGCCAGGAUCAUCAAGUGGCUGUACAGCAUCAAGCAGGCCAGGGAGUCGCAGAAGGUGUCGCACGUGUGAGCGGCGGCUUGUGCUGCCCGCGGUGCGCGCUCCGAGUCGCGUGCCCGGCCUGGCCGCCUGGAGCCCGCCG